AUGGCGGACCACGCAAGUGGCUUCCACCAGUUGUUCGCUCGAGAUGGCUCGAACACUGGGAGCAGCUCCGCGUCCGCGCUGCUGAGCACCUUGGUCCUGAAUUUCGCCAUCUUCGCGGUCAUGGUGCUCCUGUUCGUGAUCUUGCGUCGCAGCCAGCGCCGCACAUAUGUUCCCCGUACCUAUAUCGGGUACCUGAAGCCCUGGCAGCGCACCCCAGAGUCGCCCACGGGUCUCUGGAACUGGAUCUCCAGCAUGUACACGCUGCCCGACACCUACGUCCUGCAGCACCACUCCAUGGACGCGUACCUCCUGCUGCGCUUCCUCAAGCUCUCUUCCAUGAUCAUGUUCGUCGGCUGCUGCAUCACAUGGCCCAUCCUGUUCCCCGUCGAUGCGACCGCCCACGGCGAGGGAUCCCAGCUGGAUAUCCUGAGCAUCUCGCACAUCGCGGAUUCAGAGUAUGCGCGGUACUACGCGCACUGUUUCCUCGCCUGGAUCUUUGUCGGAUUCAUCUUCUUCACCAUCACCCGAGAACACAUUUUCUACAUCAAUCUGCGCCAGGCGUACUUCUUCUCGCCCGCGUAUGCCAGCCGCAUCUCCUCGCGCACGGUUCUCUUCACCACCGUGACCCAAGAUUAUUUGAACAAGGAUAAGCUGCGUGCUAUGUUUGGCCGCGACAAGGUCAAGAAUAUCUGGCUGGCCACCGACACCAAGGAGUUGGAGGAGAAGGUCAAGCAGCGCGAUGACGCAGCCAUGAAGCUCGAAGGCGCCGAGAUCAAGCUGAUUGUUCAGGCCAACAAGGCGCGCACCAAGGCCCUCCAGAAGAAGGGCUCGCCCGAGGAGGGUGCAGUGGAUGAUCUUCCCCAGCAGUUCGAUGACGAGUCUGGCUCUCUUGCCGCUCGCUGGGUCGAGCCCAAGAACCGUCCCACGCAUCGCCUGAAGAUGCUCAUUGGAAAGAAGGUCGACACGAUCAACUGGGCUCGGUCGGAGAUUGAGCGUCUCACCCCGGAGAUUGAGGAGCUGCAGGCCAAGCACCGUGCUGGAGAUGUCAAGCUGGUGUCUUCGUGCUUUGUCGAGUUCAUCAACCAGUCUGAUGCCCAAGCUGCAUACCAGUCCGUCGCCCACAACCUUCCCCUGCACAUGUCCCCGCGCUACAUUGGUUUGGAUCCUACCCAGGUCAUCUGGGCGAAUCUGCGCAUCAGAUGGUGGGAGCGUAUCACUCGCCGCACUGCCACGAUUGGCUUUAUCACCGCCAUGAUCAUCUUCUGGGCUAUUCCCACUGCUUUCGUGGGUUCCAUCUCGAACAUCAAUAGUCUGAUUCAGAAGCUUCCCUGGUUGGGCUUCAUCAACAACUGUCCCAAGGUUAUUCUCGGUCUGAUUACUGGCAUGCUGCCAUCGGUCCUGAUGGCCGUGCUCAUGGCCCUCGUGCCCAUUAUUCUUCGCUUGAUGGCCAAGUGGGGCGGUGCUCCCACCCUGGCAGCGGUUGAGUUGUCGGUUCAGAACUCGUACUUCGCUUUCCAGGUCGUUCAGGUGUUCCUGGUCGUCACUUUCGCCUCUGCCGCGUCCAGUGUCGUUGAGCAGAUCAUCGACAAGCCCAGCGAUGCUGCCUCUCUACUAGCGAGUAACCUUCCCAAGGCUUCCAACUUCUAUAUUUCGUACAUCAUUCUGCAGGGGUUGUCCUUCAGUUCGGGCGCUUUGCUCCAGAUUGUUGGUCUGAUCGUUAGCAAGGUCCUUGGCAAGCUCCUUGACAAGACUCCCCGCAAGAUGUACACCCGCUGGUCUAACCUGGCUGGACUGGGAUGGGGUACCAUCUACCCCAUCUUCACGCUGUUGACUGUUGUUGCCAUCACCUACUCCUGCAUUGCGCCGCUGGUCAUGGGCUUCGGAACCAUCGGCCUGUAUCUCUUCUACUUCGCCUACCGCUACAACCUGCUGUACGUGUCCAAUGCCACCAUCGAUACCCAGGGACGCAGCUACACCCGCGCUCUGCAGCACAUCACCGUGGGCGCCUACCUGCUCAUGGGCUGUCUGAUUGGCCUGUUUGCCAUCGGCACCGGUGCCAACACCAUGGCCGUUGGUCCCUUAAUUUUGAUGAUCAUCUUCCUGGUCUUCAUAAUCUUGUACCACAUUUCCCUCAACAGCGCCAUGGAGCCGCUCCUCAACUAUCUGCCCAAGAACAUGGAACACGAGGAAGAAGCCCUCCUUUCCAUGGAGCGCAGCAAAUUGAGCCACUCGGCCGACGAGCACUCGCAGUCCGACGACCUGGCUGCGCCCAGCGCCGUAGCUGCCGCCAACCGCGAUAGCGGUGUCGGCAAAAUUGACGACGUCGAUACAGCAGAGAAGGGCCUGACCCAUACGUCGCUUCCUCCCGCGCACUCCAAGCCCAACUUCUUCACCAAGUGGCUCCGUCCGGACAAGUACACCGACUACGCGACCCUGCGCCGGCUGGUGCCUGCCCCGCUCGACAUCGUGCCCUACACGGAGGAAGCUGAGCGCGACGCCUACUGCCACCCAGCCGUCACCUCGCAGGCCCCUCUGCUCUGGAUCCCGAGCGACCCCGCGGGCAUCAGCAAGCAGGAGGUUGCACACACCUCGCGCGUCAUCCCCAUCACGGACGAAGAUGCCUGGCUCGACGAGAAGAACAAGAUCGCCUGGAACGAGGCCAAGGGUGAGCCGCCCAUCUACGAGGAGAAGGUCACCUACUAG